UGGCUGGUGGUGAAUUCCACAAAGUCAACCACAUUCCGCCUUUACUUGUGGCGUUGAGGAGGAGCUCAGUUGUUUAUUCAUUCACGUCAGCCCCUCUCGCCUUCCCUUCCCUCCUUCCUGCUACACACAACGGGGACCCACCGUUGUAACUGUUUUUCCCAUAUUGAAAUUAACCACAAUCACGCCGCCACCAUAAACCGUUUUUGGAAUCAGGAGGAGGCAAGCCGGCGCCUGGGUAGAUGUGAGCCCAAGGUAAUGGCCAGGCUGGUGGACAUAGGCACACAGACAGACCCCGUAGUCGUGCUGUCCCUGGCCCAGGCCGCCGUGCUAGGUCUCAUCUCCCAGAAUGAAGUGUUCGGCGCUACCAUUGCACCCAACGGCUUCUACACCGGCGAACCCAAAGAGUCCCCCGCACCACCAGUAGACGGCGUCGACUACGAGUACGCAGACCAGCUUAUCGGAGCCAACGGAGAUUAUCUGGGAGACAACUUGGGAGAAGACGGACAGAUGCAACCCAGCUGCAGUCAGAGGAGGUGGCAGCAGGGGCCCCCUCAACAUCCGGACGCGAAAAUGUUGGGCCCCGAUCGCCACAGCCUUCAAGGCGGUGACGUGUCCUCAUCCCAUGUGUCCUCUUCCCAUGUGAAAGGGGAAGUGGUGAACUCUGCAAUGUCCUCCUGUGUCCACAUGCUCAACAAUCUGGCUACCAGAGGUGGUUUGGUACAGGUGGAUCCAGCCACCCUCAGAGGCGCCAACAAGAACUGUGUAGAGUGUGAGCGGGAAGCAUCCAACCAGCCGCAAGCCAACACACACGGUCACCCUCCUCCCCCCCAGGUGAGCCACAGAGGAGGGGAGCAGGGCCACAGAGGGCUGCAGAGCCAGCGCCCAAUGGGGGGCCACGGUCGAGGUGGCAGAGAGGACGAAGAGGAGGUAGAACACCAGGGGAACAACAUGAUGAAGCCCACCCAGCAGGACGAAGCCAUCAGCAGCUACUUCCAGACCAGCGAAGUGGGCAGCUAUGAUUCGGCCGAAAUGGGCAUGGCGGGCGAGUACGAAGACGGCAGCCAGAACAUGAUGUGGACGGAUGGGAACGCAGGAGCGCAGCAUCAGCAGCCUCCGCACCCCCAGCCUCCUCGUCGCCACGGCGGCCGCAGAGUGGACCGGCUAGAUAUCAAUAUCCAGAUUGAUGAAUCUUACUGCGUGGAUGUGGGAGAUGGUCUGAAGCGCUGGAAGUGCCGCAUGUGUGAUAAAUCGUACACCUCCAAAUACAACUUGGUCACGCACAUCCUGGGCCACAAUGGCAUCAAGCCACACGCCUGUCCACAUUGCGGGAAGCUCUUCAAGCAGCCCAGUCAUCUUCAAACACACCUGCUGACCCACCAAGGCACGCGUCCCCACAAAUGCACCGUCUGCAAGAAGGGCUUCACCCAGACCAGCCACCUGAAGCGACACAUGCUCCAACACACUGACGUCAAGCCCUACAGCUGCCGCUUCUGCCGCCGCGGCUUUGCUUAUCCCAGCGAGCUGCGGGCGCACGAGGUGAAGCACGAGCGCGGACGUUGUCAUGUCUGCUCUCAGUGUGGCAUGGAGUUCCCCACCUACGCCCACCUCAAACGCCACCAAACCAGCCACCAGGGCCCCCACACCUUCCAGUGCACUGAGUGCAACAAGUCGUUCGCCUACCGUAGCCAGCUCCAGAACCACCUGCUGAAGCACCAGAGCCCGAGGCCUUACACCUGCUCCCAGUGCGGCCUGGAGUUUGUGCAGCUCCACCACUUACGUCAGCACUCACUCACUCAUAAGGGGAUGAAAGGCCACAAGUGUGACGUGUGUUCCCGGGAGUUCACCCUGUCCGCCAACCUGAAGAGGCACAUGCUGAUCCACAACAGCGUCAGACCCUUCCAGUGUCAUGUCUGCUUCAAGAGCUUCAUCCAGAAACAGACCCUUAAGACCCACAUGAUCGUCCACCUGCCUGUGAAGCCAUUCAAAUGCAAGGUAUGUGGCAAGUCUUUCAACAGAAUGUACAACCUGCUGGGCCACAUGCAUCUCCAUGCUGGCAGUAAGCCCUUCAAGUGUCCCUACUGCACCAGUAAGUUCAACCUGAAGGGAAACCUCAGCAGGCACAUGAAAGUCAAGCACGGCAUGGACGUCUCACCAGAAGGACAAGACGUUCUUCCAGAAAUGGAUAACCAGGGGGAGUAUGAAGGACAGAACUUCAGCUUUACCUCACCAGACAAUAUGGACAAUGGUGGCUCCCAAAACCUCACUAAACUCACUACAGCAAACAUGGACGACAUGGAGGAGUAUUACAAUUUCGGGAAGGAUACAAGCAGCUACGCUACACCUUGAGUGGUGAUAAACUGAUGAACAUGUUAUGUUUUUGUUUUUGUCUUUUUUGAAGACCGAAAGACAUUACAGAGUUGUUGUCAAGGCUUUGGGAGAGACUGGGGACAGGGAUUGUUUUAGUUUUGGCCUCCUUCCAGAAGAGCCAGAACUGAUGGACUCUGAUUGGGAGGCCAGGAAGGAGACGCACUUCAAGGGACACCUUUCAGUUCUGUUGCUGUGGCAGAGACACUGAAACUGCCGACGCUGGUCUGGAGCUCAUUCUUUUUGGGAUUACUGUGCUUACCGUCUCAAAAACUCUCACUGGCAGACAGUCAAAUCUGUAUGUUGUGUGUAUGUAUCAGUUAUUUGAAGAAGAAAAAAAGAAAAGUUGCAGAGCCAUCAGUUACAUUUGAUGUGAUAGAAAUUUGUUUACCAUUUUUGCCAUGUUUUUUGUCAUCCACAACCAAUGUAUGCCCUUAUAUUUUUGACUGAAAGUGCCAGCUAGAUACAUUUGCAACUAAGCUUCCACCAUGUCAGCUAUUUACUCACUGUAUAUUGAACUUUUGAUACAUAGUCACAACAUAUUCAUAGGUUUGAAUGCUCUUACUAAACAGUUACCCAUUCCUGCCCAGCCCUCCGUUUAAACAGGCCGCUCUUUCAAUGCGUGUGUGCUUUCUACACAGGACAUUGUAGCCUUUUUUCUUGCCAGGGCACUUACUACCAAAGUUGCUACUGUCUCAUGUCGGCUGAUAACCAGAAAACAAUGUUACCGACAUGUAAAGCCCUGCCACUGUACAAAUGAUCCUGCAACAUGCAGUGUGUUUACACACCGUUUUUGUCUCACAUGGUUUAGCUUUACAUUAAUAUUCUAUCCCGUGUAGUGAAUAUACUGCUCAAAGUUUUUGAAUUACAGAGUGAACAAUACAAAGCACUUUUUUUUUUUAUUGAGACCUGUCAUUUUUCUGUGAAGGCUGUCUCCAGGAGGAGUGAACUCAUUUGCCUCAAGGAGAAGAGCUGGGGGAAAUAAGAUCUUAUAAUCUUCCAAACCCCCAUAACGGCAAUAUUAAUAAACACAAACAGAUAUGCUUUCUCAGUAGUUUCUUUUUUGUAAACUGCAGUUUCCUUGAUAUGGAUAUUUCACAGUUGUCAGUUUAAAUGUGAAUUGAAGAAUGAGCAGUUUGGAUGGAGAAUCAGCAGUUUGGGUUUUUUGUUGUUUGUAGUUUCAGCACUCUUAAAUCCAGGGCUGUUUUCACUUCACUUUCAAUUCACUUAAUUCAGAAAGAUAUUUCCCCUCUCAAUGGGGGAAAAACACUGAGAGUGGAUAUCAAAUCCAGUCUAGAUUUAAAAGAAGAGAAAAUUAUUUGGUGGCCCAGGUUACAUUUUGUAUGAUUGAAUUGAAAGUGGACUGACACCAGUCCUGUUAUUCAUAAUUCUGUUUUGGGGAAGACAGUCAGCUCCCCCUGUCCUGCCAUGCAGGUCAGCCUUGAUAUGCACACUAAACCAGAGGAACCGUCUGCUUCUUCUUUGAGAUGAGGAAUAUCAAACUGAGACCUCAUGGAAAUUGACCAUGACUUAUUUAAUAAAGGUUCUCUAGUUUAAA